GAUCUGCAGAUCUCAAGAUAUUCACUGAAAUUUGAAGUUCUCCACAAGACUCAUUAUGCGCAUUGGCAGCCAACAACUGUCACGAUUUGAUCAAUGAGUCACUGUUUAUAGGGUAACGUAAGUGACAAGCGUACUCCCAGAAGGUUUGUUCAUGUAUUGUGACACCAAGGCAACAGUCUGUUACUAGCCCAGAGACACUUAAUCACCCACCCAGUUUAACUAUAAAAGUCACCGAACUCAACUCUUUCUCCUUUUCAACUUUACCAAACACAAAACACCACAAAACACAACAACUCACCUAAAUAUACCCCAACGGAAUCAAUCAAGCUAUAUAUUAUCAAAAUGUCUUACCCGUACAUUGGAUACUUCCGCUUCGAGCAGAAGGCCGGCGUCUCAUACGAGAGACCAUCAUUCAAGCCGGUUGAGGAUGCUUUCGGCUCCCGCUUCAAAUCUGCUUCAAUCAGUGGUUCUACAAUGACUGUGGAAAUUCUCGUGGCCAUCAAGGAUUGGGCACCAACACGGAACGAGCUGUAUGAUGUCUUGGAGGGGAUGAAAAUGAAUACUUCUUUCUUUCCCUCUGACAAUAUGGUUUUUGAGACAAGCGGAGACAGGUUUGUCGAGCAUUGGCACAAUGGCAGUGGUAGGAUGCAAAUUUGUACCGAUUGUAGUAAGAGUCGUUACUGCACGAACCGCAAUAUAAAAUACAACUCUGGUUCAUUGCCAGAGACGAGAAUAACAAACAUGCUUCCAGACUUUCUCGACGGCGACGAUAAGGUGCAGUUCAAGAUAGCUUGCUUCUACGACCCAAUUUUCGCAAUCACGAUGUGGAGGUUCGGAGACAUCAAUGUUGAGCAAACAACGAAGAACUUGUUGAAAUUCUUGGAGGGCUCCGGGUUUCUUGAGGAUUUUGCACCGCUUACCGUGGAGACCAAGGAUCAAAAUGGAGAAGAAACAGCUGUGGAUCUGCGGACAGGUAAAUCUAUCGAGAAAGGUGAAGAAUUGCCUGGAUUGAUGGCGAACGAAGGUCGCUAG